UCUUCAAUCUACAACUAAAACCCCACCGCCAUGGCCAUCACCGUGCUCGAAAGCUGCCUUGUCGCCCCGCCGCCGGGAUCGGUGCCGGAUCAAACGCUGCCGCUCACAUUCUUCGACAUCAACUGGCUGCAUUUCCACCCCAUGCUCCAGCUUAUCUUCUACGAAUUCCCUUGCUCCAACCCACAUUUCCUUCAAACAGUCGUUCCAAAACUCAAACAAUCUCUCUCUCUAACCCUCAAACACUUCUUCCCCCUCUCCGCCCACCUCGUCUACCCUUCCUCGCUCGAGGACAUGCCGUUUUACCGGUUCCGCUCCGGCGACUCCGUUCCUGUAACCGUCUCCGAAUCCGGCGAGGAUUUCUACGAUUUCGUCGGGAAUUAUAAUCAAUCGGCUGAUAAAUACUACAAUUACGUCCCUCAAUUGCCGCCGAUCGUCGAGGAGUCCGAUCGGAAACUGAUGAAAGUUUUCGCCGUGCAGCUGACUCUCUUCCCCGGCCGCGGCGUCUGCGUCGGAAUCACGACGCAUCACUGCGUCAGCGACGCGCCGUCGUUCCUCAGUUUUCUGUCGAGCUGGUCAGCGAUCAGCAGAGGAGAUGGCGAUGAAGAAUUGGUUGCUCAAAAUUGCAAAUCUCUGCCGGUUUUUGACCGAUCAUUGAUUAAUUACCCUCCGAAAUUGGACUCGCUUUACUGGAAAAACGCUCAGAGAAUGCCGCUGCAAUCGCGCCACCCUUCCAUGCCGACGAAUCGCAUUCGAUCGACCUACAUUUUCACCCAAUCGCAGAUUCAAAAACUGAAGAGCUCGAUUCAGGAGAAGCUUCCGAAUUCAACUCGCAUCACAUCUUUCGUUGCAAUCGCAGCUUACAUCUGGUCUACUUUAGCGAAAUCACUCAGAUCUGUUUCAGCAGACAACGACAACGACGACGGCGACGCGUUUUUCCUGAUUCCGAUCGAUCUACGGCCGCGUUUGGAUCCGGCGGUGCCGGGGAACUACUUCGGAAACUGCCUGUCCUUCGCGCUGCCGAGGAUCGGGCGGCGGGAGCUGGGCGGAGAGGAGGGGAUGUUCGCGGCGGCGAAGGCGGCGGCGGAGGCGAUAGAGAAGAGGACGAGCGAUAAGAAGAUUCUGGAAAGCGUGGAGAAGUGGUCAGGGGAGAUUCGGGAAGCGGUGCAGAAGUCAUUCUUCUCGGUAGCGGGGACUACCCGGAUGAAUCAAUACGGGGCGGAUUUCGGGUGGGGCAAAGCGAGGAAGCAGGAGAUAUUAUCGGUGGAUGGGGAGAAAUACGCUAUGACGCUUUGUAAAGCGAGGGAUUUUGAAGGAGGAUUGGAAGUUUGUAUGUCUUUGCCUAAUCAUAUCAUGAAGGCUUUUGAUUCUUAUAUUGCUAAGCCUGCUGCUUGUGAUUAGUAGUAAUGUGUUUUUAUUUGAUUGUGUAGUGGGUGGAGGAGUCGACUGGAAUUACUUCUUUGUUCGACUAUCUAUCUUCAUCUUAUUCAAUAAAAUCAUAUAUCUUAUCUGUAA